GCAACAGUUGGUGCGCCAUAUCUAGCCGUGGAGCUCCUCUAUGGCCGAGAUCCAGUCAAGCUUGUUACCACGACGAGCCUCACUGGCGGCGACGAGACGAAGUUGGUGGGAGACUAUGGAUGGCAACCGAGGCCGUGGGUGUCAGUCAUGAGCGGGUAGAGGGGACAGAGUAGAGAGACGAGCGAGAGACACAUCCUAUCCAUUUUUAUCCCACCCUCACAUGGAAUUAUCUUAUUUUGAUCAUACCAAUCAAUCUAUGGUACUUUUAUUAUGGCUAAAUGCACAAAAGCCGCAAUGGACGGAUGAGAUUUGUUGCCAGUGGUCUAUAAUUUGGACUUAGGCGGGCCCAGUCGGGGUAUCAAAGAAGCGUCCUCCUCGUCCAUUCGGCUUGCGGUUCCUUCAUCCCAAUUCCCAAAUUGUCUCUCUCUCUCUCUCUCGAUCACUAUCGUUCGUUGGUUCGUCCAUCUUCGUCUCUCUCACAUCCAGGCGCUGAACGUUGGCUCGAAAAGCUAGUCCCGGAAAGCAAACAUUGGUUACACAGACGCGUGAUUGUGCGGUGUAUUAACAGAGCAUGCCCGACAAUAUCACACGAAGAAAUCUGAAUUGAUCUCCUUACAAAUAGUGUCCAGUCGACUCCUGGUCUGGCAGUGUCCUUACUUCUCAGACAUCUAUUCUAGGGGGACAAGAUCAUACGAUAACAGAGUUAUGAAAGUGUUUGACGCCCAUUGCCACUUGCAAGACCCAAGGGUCUGGCAUAUGGCCCCGAAGUUAAUUGAGUCGGCCCUUCAGUCUGGUGUAGUUAAAUUUGCGGUUAAUGGAACCCAUGAGAAAGACUGGCAUUUGGUGAAGCAAAUGAGCGACGACUAUCCUUGUACCAUUCCAAACUUUGGACUCCAUCCUUGGUUUGUCGCCGAUAGAAGCCCUAACUGGUUCCAAGUGUUGAGGCAAUUUUUCGAGGCCGCUCCUUCUGCUGCAGUGGGAGAGAUUGGUUUGGACAAAGGGUCUCAUGGGAGGAACAUCGAUUUCAACGAUCAGGUCGAAGUGUUCCAGAAACAGCUUGAACUUGCAAAAGAGUUGAAUAGACCGGCAUCGAUCCAUUGUGUCCGAGCAUUCGGCGAUCUUCUUCAGAUAUUGAAAGAGGCAGGGCCUUUUCCUGCUGGUGUCAUCCUCCACUCUUAUUUGGGUUCCGCUGAAAUGGUUCCUCAGUUUGUCGAAGUUGGAGCUUAUUUUUCAUUCUCGGGAUUUCUCAUGUCCAUGAAAGGGCAGAAGGCAAAGAAGAUGUUGAAAGCAGUUCCUUUUCAAAGAAUUUUACUGGAAACAGAUGCCCCGGAUGCAGUGCCAAAGAAUCCCGCAUUUGUUAUCGAUGAUGAUGCUCGUAGUGUAAGUCAGGCUGAUGCAGGAAGCAGUGAAUCUACAUCUCCGACAGAAUCUCUGAAUCAUCCGGCAAACAUUCAUGCAGUGCUUAAUUAUGUUGCAUCCUUGCUAGACAUGUCUCCAGAAGAUCUUGCGGAGCUCAGCUGCAAAAAUGCAGUGCGUUUAUUCUCCUACGAAGGUUCAAAGCUGGACAAGCUAUAGUCGGUUGCUGAUAGAUGGUGAGUUAGCCACGAUAAUUGUGCUCGAGCGACUGCGGUUAGUUUGUCUACUUGUAUCUAAGUCUAAAUAAUUCAACAUAGAUAAUGUGUUUUAUGUGUGAAAUGCAUGGUGUUUUGUUUAAUAACAAUAAUGUUGAACACCAUGUAGGAGCUGAGGUCUGACUGUUUGCUUUGCA